CAGGUGAAUAGAAGUUAAUCUCAUCAGUAAUAGCUUUAACGGCGAAGGAGCAAAGUGUGUUAUUUUAAUUUUAUAUUCUUUGACGUCAAACUGAAUUUAUCAAUUGAAAUAUAUAAAAACAGAGUUGUUUGUGAAUAUAAAAGGAGACAUCAUAAGGAAAAAGUCAUCACAAUCGUACACUUAUCUGUGCUCACUACCACACUUUGUCCACUAUGACAAAGAUGGCUACUCUGUACUUUGCUAUGGCUAUUGUCUGUUUUCUCAUUGUCUGCGAAGCUAGGAGUCAACCACAUAUGGCCCCAACAUUAGAGACGCCAUCUUUGACAACAGGACUUGAUGAGGUCACUACAAGUGAAAUAAACACAGAUAAACAAACAAACGGAAUUAAAAAGUCGCUCGCUAAAUCUAUCCUGAACGUUAUAUUAUCAACAAUAUGUGGAAAAGGACAGAGGUUCAACUUGAAGAAUUCACAAUGUACAAGUAUCUCAUCAGUUUUCACGCAUGGUUUUGGCAAUGUCGGUCUCGGAAAGAAAAGAUAAUUACGAUAUGAAACAGGAGGUGAAGCAAGUCCAACGAUUUUUAUGCGGUAACCAUUUAUAAUGUAACGUCAUUCAGCCCAAAGACGAUGAUGACAUGAAAAUGUCGAGAAGAACAAUAUGUCGUUUACAAAGUAUAUCGGACAGUAAAACAUAAUUGUGAAUAUUAUUUUCACACAUAUUAAUGCAAUAAGGUGUGGAAGAAAGAAAGUAAACGCCAUUCUGUCUCAGAACAUUGACAUUAAGAUAUUGUAGGAGAAGAACCUAUUGUAUUUCUAAAUAUAAAACAAUGAAAUACACCUAACAUAGGUGUAUUCAAUAUGUGGCAAGCUCAAUAUUGGACUGGCUAUAUGUUCGAUUUGUUUGUUAUGAA